AUGUAUAUCGACAGCCGUUGUCCCAUUGCAUCUGUGAACAUGGAUGAGCUCCCGAGAAAGCUUCCGGUGUUUCGAACCGUAAGAGAUGAUGAUGUUAUUGCCCAAACGCUUGGCGUGGAGGGCGUCCUAGCGGCCAGGUUUCCGGAGUUGGACGGGAGAAACCACCUCACCUGGGCCGAGCUUAGGGACAUGCUGUUGAAGACGAGAGAGGGGAAGAUUCUCGCAAACGCCGACAAGCCUGGCAUAUACAAGGGGCCCUUGAUCCUAGGGGCCGUGGAGGCUUUCAGAAAGGAGGACAAUCGAGGGGGCGGUGGUCGUGGUCCUGGACGAUUCUUUAAGGUCUUCAGGAGGUGGGACGGCUGGGAGGAUUCUAAAAAGCUAUUCUGGGUGACUAAUACGUCCCUUCUUUUGAUACCCAUCCAUCUCUUCAGUCUGUUUCAUACGGAAUAUCAGAGAGGGAGAGAAUAG